GCGACGUUGAGCGAUGCAGGAGGUGCACAGGCGGUGGGAAUACAGAUCGUUCCCAGCGCUCGACUCGACUCGCGUUGGGCUCAGCCCGGUGGUGUUCAUUUCACGAGUGCAACUCUUUUAGAGUUUGGCCAUGGCGAGGGCUCCGCGGCCGCCGCCCAGGCCCAGGCCGAGGGCGCGGGCGGGGGAGGGGCCCUGCAGGCGGCCAUCCAGGCGGCGCUGCAGGCGGCGGCGCGCGAGAGGUCCGAGCUGGAGGCGCGCCUCGCCCAGCUGGAGGCGGCGCGGGAGGACGCCAGGCGACUGCAGGCAGAAGUGAGCCGCCUGUCGGAAGAGAAUGAAGGGCUGCAUGCGAGGCUGGCAUCCCUGGCACGAGGUCCUCUAUCCGACUCGGAGAAAGAGCAGCUGCUGUUGCGAGGGGGCUCAGCGCCAGCCUCGAUGAUCACUCCAGCCUCUCCACCGGGCAGCACCGAGAUGCUGCUGCCUGGUGGGGAGCUCAGCAGCCCAAUGGGCAUCAUGCGCCCACCUGCGGAGUGGGAGGACCGCCAGUCAGUGGGCGCGAGCAGCGAGUUGUCAGAACUGGGAGGGCAUAACUCGAGAUUGCAACAAGAGAACGCUGCGUUGGUGGAGUCGUUGUGCCGCCAGACGCAGCGCCUGGAGGAGGCCCAGGGCCGCAAUGAAGCUCUGCAGGAGCUGCUCCUGCGCGGCUGCACAGAUCGUGACGGUGCGCUAAUCGAACUCCUGCAGAACGCUAAAGACAGGCACGAAGGUCUGGUUCUCAGUGAAAUCCACCUUGCAGCACGGGUCAGAGUACUGGAAGCUGAGCUCACUGCUGCUGAUGAAGAAGCACAUCGGGCAGCUGAAAGGGUGCAGGGGCUGGAGGCAGAUGCAGACUCAGUGAGGGCAGAGCUCCGAGCCUUGCAGGUUGGCGAACUUGAAGAGCAGCUACGAGCUCCUGAACUUGGGGAACUAGAGCACCGAUUGGAGGUGAUGCGGUGUGAGAAAGAGGCUCUUGAAGUGAGAUUGUCAGCCCUGCAGCAGCAGCUGUGUUCCAGCCAAGGAGAUGUGGCCCUCUCUCGAGAACAGAUUCAAGCCCUCAGGGAAGAGUGUCAGGCCCUUCGGAAGCAGUGCGAGGCAGCUGCUGAGGCGUUGGAAGAGGAGCGGGCAGCGCAGGCCAAAGCGGCGCAGAUCACUUUGCAGGCGCACAGCCAGCAGCUGCAGGCACUCUUGGCAGACGAGAAACAGCGAGCUCUGCGACUGGACGAAUGGGAACAAUUCCAGUCAGAUCUGUUAGUAGCUGUACGGGUAGCAAAUGACCACAAGAUGGAGGCCGAGAUGGAACGAUCGUCGUUGCAGGAACGUGUAUCUACUCUUCAGGCAGCUUUGGAUGCACUUACUGACACCAGAUUGUCAUUGCCAAAUGUUUCUUCAAAUCCUGAAUACGUAAAUGUUCACCUGGAAGGUUUAUAUGCAAAAAUUGAUCCUUCUCACCGACCUUUCCAUUCUCUGUCAGUUCCUAACGCUCUUUCGUCUUUAUCAGAUGAGAAAACAAACACACUGAAUUCACAUUUACGUGAAAUUGAAAAGAGACAGUUGGAAAUUUUGGGUAGUGCAUCUGAUGAUGAAUAUAUAGAGUUCAAACCACAAAGAUCAUCAAUGUUUGCUAGGAUUGGAGAUAAUACAAUAAUACCAAGUGGAGAAAUUUUAAUUAACAGUACUUUUGGUCAAAACAGAGAUACAGAAUGGACUCCAUUGAGUUCUGAUGCUAAUAAUGUUCCUAGUUCUACUGAGGAUCCAACUGCUUCACCCAAAAGUUCACCAAAAGGCGGACUAUUUUCUAGUAUUCUGUCAUUGAAGGACAAGUUGCUUUCAGAACCCAAACAAAAAUUAGCUGCUUUCCGAGAGAGUAUUUCUGGUUCUCGAUCACAAGUUCAAAAGUUGAGCAAUACAGAGAAGUCAGUUCAGGGAUCUCAAAAGCGAAUUGGAAUUUUAAAGCCUUUUAAAGCACAAGAUGAUUUGUUUAUGGGAAGAAUUUCGAAAGGAGGAGCAGGUCGCUUGCAUAAAAAACCGGAGGCUAAGACAAAGAAGAAGUCCUUUUCAGAUCCACAUUUGGAUAACAUUUCCUUCAGCUUCCUUCCAAUGCAAGAUGAAAAUCCUACUCGGCCUUUGCCAUCACUGGCAAUUGUUCCUCCAUACAGCGAUCAAGCUGGCUGGUCCAAUUGGUUCAAGGAGAACCAGCUGGUGUACGAUGUGCAAUUGCGGCGAAUAUCUUCCAAAGCUCAGCAGAAACCUGCUCCAGCAAUUGCUUCUGUACCCCCUCAGCCUCGGCCAGUGUCAGACAGCACUGUGGAAGUCCCCACCCUCAGGGUGCGAUCAACAGGCGUCUCUCGGCAAGACAGCCAGCUGUCUGUUAAAACAUUAGUCGAAAGCAUUGAAAAUGCUUCCAAAACCACCAAGAUUGGUGGACGAAGUCGCAGCGGUUCAACUUCCAGUGUUGGGGAUGGGACUACUCCUACACCCACACAAGUACGGAGAGUGGUUUCAGAAAUCCCCACUUCAGAAAACAGUAACAAUUUGCUACCUCCAAAAGCUCCCCUUCGUGAUCAGCAACAGUUGAAUAACCAGACAAGUUUACGCAAACUUACAAACCCUACCCUUACAGCAGAUAAACCUGUGACAAAAAGUGAAGAGGUUUCUAGUUCAAUUUUAACCAGCACAAAAUCUCUGCCCCCAGUAUCUUCAGUUGUGUCUGAUUUCACACGAAGAAGCAGCUACAGUGACCUCAGUGAGCGCAAGGACCCUCUGUGGCUGCUUGUUCGAAAUGGAGGUUCGAAGCGUAAUGCAUUGCUCAAGUGGUGCCAGCACAAAACCGUUGGCUACCGGAACAUCGACAUAACGAAUUUCUCAAGUUCUUGGAACGAUGGCCUUGCUCUGUGUGCUCUUCUGCACUCCUAUCUGCCUGACCGGGUGCCUUACGACACACUCUCGCCUUCAGAGAAAAGGCGUAAUUUCACCAUAGCAUUUGCGGCAGCAGAGUCUGUGGGAAUACCUACUACUUUGAAUGUGUCUGACAUGAUCCAACUGGAGAGGCCAGACUGGAACCAAGUGAUGGCAUAUGUUACAGCAAUUUAUCGACACUUCGAGACAUGAUAGCAUAAAUGCAGGAGAUGAAAGUUGAGUCAUUGCUUCUGCACAAUGAAACACAUCUGUUGAUAUCAAUGUGGGGCCUUCCGAAUUCACACAACGAUAACUUGAAGGACAUGGAUGUUUCCAGUCUCUUACAGGGUUUCUAGUCAAUGGAUAAUUUUGUGCAAGUUAGGAUGGUCCCAACCAACUAGGUUCAUGUGCUCUCAUUGUCCACUGCUAAUAACAUUUAACUUUCAUCCAAUGAAAUUACUGUAGAAUAGUGCUGCAGCUCAUUUUUUAAUGUGUAUAUUUAUAAGAGGUAUUGUUUUGAGGAUAUUUUGCAUUUUCUUUCCUACAUUAAUUUUGAGUAGAAAAACUUAAGUGUAAAAUGUUGUCCUGUGAAAUGUUUUAAAGAGGAAAUCCUCUUAUUUAUUGUCUUUGUUUUUUGUGAAUUCAUUUUCAUUUAAGCAUUUAUCUGCUCUACAAUCCCCAAUGUUAAUAUGUAUGAGUGAAUAAGUAUUUUACAAUAAUUGUUUGAGGGACCAGUAAGCAACUUCAGUUCUCUUGAGUAUUGUUAAAUGUCAUUCAGUUGUGGUCUGCCCUACGUGGAACUGUGUAUCAUGUCAUUAUCAAGGAGCCUGCUCCAUGUAGUUCUAAGUGCUCUUUAGGCUCCUGUAUACUCACAUUCUAUUCGCAACAUUCUCUCUACUGGUAUUCACCUAUAAAUAAACAUACAUGUAAAAAAAUGUAUUUAUUGAGAUUUUAUAAGAACUGUGUAUUGUAAUGUAAUGUAUUGUACUGUAUUGUAUUUUAUCAGUUCCUAUACCAGCCUGCUUUUUGUUUUAGUAUGUACACCUUAAAGGUGCUUUCUUAGUGUGUGGAACUUUAUAAAAAUAUACACUAUUUGCAGAAAAAAAC